AUGGCGCAACCCGACGGGGCCGACGCCGGCCAAGCUGCCCCCUCCCAGCCGCCUAUGAAAUCCGGCACUGCUACUCCCAAGCUCAACAGCGAAGUCGAGCUCGGUAGCCUUCCCAGCGAAGCGCAGAAGGAUAUCAUGCAGAUGGCAAGGAUAGGCGACAUUGCAGGGAUGGAGAAGCUCUUUGAGGCCGGCGAAUACGAUGCGACCUACUCGGAUGACGAGGGCAUCACGCCCCUACAUUGGGCCGCCAUCAACAACCAAUAUGCCAUGUGCAAGUUCCUCAUCGACAAGGGCGCCGAGAUAAACAAAAAGGGAGGAGAGAGCGUCGCAACACCCCUACAAUGGGCCGCCCAAAGAUGCCACUACUAUACCGUCCACCUACUCCUCCAGCACGGCGCCGAUCCCUUGAUCACCGAUUCUCAGGGGUACAACACACUACACAUCAGCACCUUCAACGGCAACGUUCUGCUGAUCGUCCUCCUCCUACACCAAGGCAUCCCCGUCGAUGUCGAAGAUGCCUACGGCCAUACCGCCCUCAUGUGGUCAGCAUACAAGGGUUUCCCCGCCUGCGUCGACGUCUUUCUGCGGUGGGGAGCUAGUGUCCACGCCACGGACGAGCAAGGGUUCACGGCACUACACUGGGCGUUGGUCAAAGGAAACCCGGGUUGCAUCCAGAAGCUGAUCGAGUACGGCGCCGACCGGUUUGCGAAGACGGCCACUGGCAAGACCCCCUCGAUUACGGCUCAAGAGCUCAACACGGUUGCCGCGUGGCAGAAGGCGCUUAACGAGUGCGGUUACGACGAGGAUGGCAACGCGAUUGUCCCCAGCUGGCCUGGCGCAUCGUAUCUCCUUCAGGAUAGGAGAUCGUUCAUGACCAAGUUUACGUUUCUGUGGCCGUUCGUCAUGGUGUGGGCAACCAUGGUUGUCAUGGCUGGCAUGCCCGUCUUUGUCGGGAUACCAUUGGGCGUCUUGACUGGUUAUGCUGUUCAAUGGGUGGCACAGCAGGUCAUCGCUUAUGCCCCGCCAAACAUGAGGCAACUGCAAAAGACACCUUGGAUGGCCGGUAUCUUUGCUGGAUCACUGUUCUUGUGCACCCUAAACUGGUUCCUGCGCAUCUUUGGUAGCACAAUGUUUGGAGAGGAUGGAGCAGUCCUCUCCAACUUGCUCUUUGCCUUCUUCAUCUCCUUGACUACUUGGUUCUACAUCAGGUGCAUGGUUGAUGACCCUGGGUUUGUCCCCAAGAUGGGCGGUGUUGCUGAGCAAAAGGCCGCCAUCGAUGAGCUUAUCAGCGUGUGGAAGUUUGACGAGUCCAACUUUUGCGUUACCUGCAUGAUCCGCACGCCAUUGAGGAGCAAGCAUUGCCGUAGGUGUCAACGCUGCGUGGCGAGGCAUGAUCAUCACUGCCCGUGGGUGUACAACUGCAUUGGUGUCAACAACCAUCGUCAUUUCUUCAUGUACCUCAUCAACAUGACGCUGGGAAUCAUCACUUAUGACUGGUUGACCUACAGAUACCUCUCCGUUCUCUCUGAGACCGCCUCCGACGAAUGCAACAUCCUCUCUCCAUCGCUUUGCCGAAUUGUCAAUGCCGACACAUACAGUCUCCUAACCGCCAUCUGGGCCACCCUCCAACUCACCUGGGUCUCCAUGCUCCUCUUUGUCCAGUUCGUCCAAGUCUCUAGCGCGAUGACCACCUACGAGAACAUCCACGGGAUCGACAACUAUUCCGCCACCUCUCUCAACAGCGCCUUCACCUCCACUGGCGCUCCUCUCAACCCGCCUUCUCUUCCCGCUCCCGGCCCAUCUCCUGCAGCUGCGGGCGGCGCUCGUCACGGCCACGCCCACGGUCACGCUCACGGCGGUCGCCACGGACACGGAAAACACGGUCAUGGAAAGCAAGGCGGCUUCAUCAAGCAAUGGUCUCGUCUCCUGGGUGUCGACGCCUUCAUUGAAACCGCCGCUGGCCGGGGUGCGGCUACGGGCAAGGGAUCUAAGAGAAACAAGCGCGGCAAUCCCUAUAGCAGAGGGUGUGUCACGAAUUGUAAAGAUUUCUGGUGCGAUCCCAAUCCGAUGUUUGGAAAGCAUGAGAAUGGCGCGGCCGUGCUGGGUGGCGUGCCGGUGAAUUAUACGGAUAUGUAUGAGAGUCCGACGGUUAUGACUGCGAGUGGCGGAGGGAGGAGAAGAGGUGGUGGUUAUGAGAGUAUUGCUGGGGAGGAGGUGUAA